ACAGAUAAACCACCAAUACUACUUCUUCACUUCAAUGGAAUUUUAAGAAAGAAAAAAAACUUGCUAAGCUAAUCAGAUAACCAUAUAACCCCUACUUUCAUUUCAUUAGAUUAGCAAAUUAAACUUAGUUUCAAAACAAAAAAAACAAGUAGAACAAUUAAACUUUUUGCAGAUUCGAGAAACAACGGUUGCACAUACACCAAUUAAGAACAGAAGAUGGAUGCUAGGCAAAACGAAGAACACAGGCGCCAACUGGAGCUGUCAUCAUCAUCAGUUGUAUCAGAACUCGAAGGCACGCUAUUGAAGGAUAUAGAUCCUUUCUCAUACUUCAUGCUACUAGCAUUUGAAGGGUCUGGUUUGAUUCGGUUCGCUCUAUUAUUACUUGUAUGGCCUGUGAUUCAACUGCUAAACUUGCUUGGGAUGAAUGAUGCUGGUCUCAAGUUAAGUAUAUUUAUGGCAACUGCGGGAGUUCGAGAGACGGAGAUUGAGUCAGUUGCUAGAGCAGUGUUACCUAAGUUUUAUAUGGAUGAUAUAGAUAUGAAUGCUUGGAGAAUUUUUAGUUCCUGUGAUACGAGAGUUUUAGUGACUAGAAGUCCUCGGAUUAUGGUGGAGCGAUUUGUGAAAGAACAUUUACGUGCUGAUGAAGUGAUUGGGAGUGAGCUUGUGAUCAAUAGAUUUGGAUAUUCAACUGGAUUCAUUCGAAAUGAUAUUGGCUCAGUUACUAAUCGUGUUCAGGCCUGGUUCAAGGGAGAACGUCCUGAUUUAGGGUUAGGACAAUGUCCUGCACAUGGUCUCUCCUUUCUAUCUUUGUGCAAGGAACAAAAGCAACCACCAUUUAUCAACAACCAAAACAAUGAUGAUCAUCAACUCAUCCGACCGCUACCAGUCAUUUUCCAUGAUGGUCGUCUUGUCAAACGCCCGACAACAUCAAUGGCGCUCCUAAUCAUCUUAUGGUUUCCAAUAGGAAUUAUACUGGCUGUAACACGUCUUGCCCUUGGAGCAAUACUACCAAUGUCUGUUAUCCCUUACACUAGCCACAUAUUCGGUGCUUCUGUCGUGGUUAAAGGUAAACCACCACCACCACCAUCAAAUUCCAACGACGGUGUUCUGUUCGUAUGUACCCACCGGACGUUAAUGGACCCUGUCAUCCUAUCUGUUGUUCUCCAGCGUAAAGUUCCUGCACUGACAUACUCCAUUUCCCGUCUAUCAGAAAUCUUAUCCCCAAUACCAACUAUCCGGUUAACUAGAGUUCGUCGUGUCGAUGCCGAAAAGAUAAAGAGUAUACUAACGAAAGGUGACCUUGUUGUGUGUCCUGAAGGAACCACAUGCCGAGAACCAUUUCUUUUGAGGUUUAGCGCACUUUUCGCUGAGUUAACGGACCGGAUUGUACCGGUUGCAAUGAACUACAGGGUUGGGUUCUUUCAUGCAACAACGGCUAGGGGUUGGAAAGGACUGGAUCCAAUUUUCUUCUUUAUGAACCCAAGGCCGGUUUAUGAGGUUACUUUCUUGAACCAGUUGCCAGCAGAGGCAACUUGCUCGGCCGGCAAGAAUCCUCACGAUGUUGCAAAUUAUGUGCAGAGGAUUUUGGCUGCAACACUAGGAUUUGAGUGUACAAAUUUCACCAGGAAGGAUAAGUAUAGAGUUCUUGCCGGGAACGAUGGGAUCGCAUCGUACACUUCGUGCCUUGGUUAUUUGAAAAAGCUAUUAAAAGCUUCUAAGUCGUUUAUUCAAUAGUGAAGCACACUUGUAUUGUUCAUGUUUUUCUUCAUUGGUUUUUCAUCAAUGGUGUUUAGUUUGUUUCUUAACCUUCUAAAAUAUGAUGCAUUUUUCUCAAGUGUAAUAUGUAGAUUUGCUGGUGUAAUUUUUUAGUAUAUGUUUUCUUCUCUUGAUAAUGUUAAUUGUAUCAUUUGUUUUAAAAAUAGUU